CUGCAACGCCAGGCAGAAAGCGCUCUGCUCUGCACUGCCGCAGCCGGAGAGGCGAGCGCUCUGUGGAGUGACCCCAGCUGUGUUCGUCAGUGGGCGAAGCUGCACUGCGGGGUUUGUGUUGCUACAACUGUUGAAACUCACAAGAGGACGCAAACAGGUGAAGCUUAUCAUAUCAGUCAUGCUAACAUGCAGGCAGUGACAGACGAGCCUGACUGACAAGGAACUCAGGAGGGGAUUCCGUUUGAAGCUGAGCACAAAUUGAAGUGGCACUUUUCUCAGUUAAAGUCUAAAACCCUGUACAUGGCCGCAGCAGGCAUGGCCACUCAGAUCUUAGGAUACUUCUUGGGUCUUCUGGGGUUGGUGGGGACGCUGGUGGCCACAGCGCUGCCUCACUGGCGCCAUACGGCCUACUUCACCUCCAAUCUCAUCACGGCCACGUCCUACAUGAAGGGCCUGUGGAUGGAGUGCGUGACCCACACCACCGGCAUCUACCAGUGCGAGGUCCAUCGGUCAAUGCUCUCUCUGCCCCAGGAUCUGCAGGUGGCCCGGGCCCUCAUGGUGCUUUCCGCCACGAUCUCCACCAUUGCCACCGUCAUCUCUGCCACCGGGAUGAAGUGCACCCGUUGCCUCCAUGAGUCCCGUGCCAAGGGUGCUCUUGCCGUGUUGGGAGGGGUGUGUUUCGUCUCUGCCGGCCUUUUCUGCCUCAUCGCUGUGGCCUGGACCACCAAUGAUAUAAUUAUCGAUGCCUACGACCCGUUCUCCGCCAGUGGGAUGAAGUAUGAGGUGGGCCUGUGUUUGUACAUCGGUUUCGCCUCUGCUAUUUUCAGCGUUUUCGGUGGUGGGAUGCUCUGUGCAGCUUGUUGUGACACGAUAAAUGGUUCCCCCCAAAAGCCGCCAGCCCAUGUCACCCCGCAGCCCCCGCCCCCGGCCUAUCAGGCACACGAAGCCCACAUCAUCAACAGCCAUUCAUCAUCUCAAGCUGCUCCGUCUAGCAGUGGCUACAUGGUCAGCGACUCCAUUUGAGGGGAACGUCAGUGCAGGCGGACGGACUGUGAAGGACGAGCUGAGGCACUUCUGUCUGCUUCUCACUUUGAGACGUCUUUGCUUUGAGUGUCUGAUCCUAAUUCUGAGUCUCAGUGUUAAAGGCUUUACUCUGAUUGUGAAAUCAGGCCACUGUUUAUGUGCCAAUGACAGCUCUGGAGAGCAUCUCACUGCCAACACCUAAUCACAGCAU